CAUAGAAUUGAUCUUCAUGUUUCGCUUCAAAUCAAGUUUCCAUCUGCAUGUAGUUGUUGCAUAACAUUUACUUCCGUACAUAAAAACUUAUCCCGCCGCUGAUCUUGCACUAGAUCGUCACUGUGAUCGCAUCGAUCGUACAAUAUACUGACUUAAGGUGGUAAGAUUGCUUGGCGUGAAGAGAAUAAAGUUCUUCAGUUUGUGCAAGUGGUAACCAUCAUUCCCGUUUAAAGAUGGCACAUCUGUCGAAGAUCUGGACAAAGAAUACUGCAAUCAUCGCUGGUCUCGUUGGCUUCAUUGGACUAGCUCUAUAUCCAGUUGUUGUUUCUCCAGCUAUCAAUCCAAGGAAGUGGCAGGCAGUGCAGAAGGAAACAAGAAAAGGUGUUGAUCAACAAAGCAUACAGCCUGGAGGUAUGAGAGUUUGGAGUGACCCUUUUGGACCUCGAUCAGACCAGAGUAGGGGAACAAGUAAGGAGCACACAAAGUGAUCAUCUGAAACUAUUUGUGACUGCAAUCUUUGAACAAUGAUUUGUGUGGCCCAGCUACAUAUAAUUGUGGAUGCACAUUCAGUAUGCACAUCUAACUCACUCAAUCUGUCGACCCAAGUCAGCAAGUGGCUACUUGAGACGAGCGAGAUGAUACACAUGCCAUGCGUCAAAACCCCUCAUGCAGCCAGCUAGUUCAUCCGUAGUCUCUAUCCCUGCAUCUUCCUUCAUCGUCUUGACCAUGUUCUUGAUCGGCCUCCCUCUGAUUGGUUGUCCAUGUUUUGGCUUCCACAAGAUCACCCUACAUGCUGGUAGCUCUGGAUUCCUGGUGCAGUGCCCAGCAAGGCUUAGACAUCUUGACUUUGGCCCAAUUUCAUAGCGCUGCUAAGCACAAAAAUUUGCUUAGCAUGAAAUUUCUCCCUUGAUAAAAACAGGA